AUGAGUAACUCUCGUCGACCACCUAUUAAAUUUUCUGAGAGCAAAUUCGAUCGAACUUUAUCCCCACCUGUCUACCAAACUUCUACUCAACAGUCUAGAACCACAACUCCAGACCAAAUAAAAAAUGUUCCAUCUGGUUCAUCAGCAACAAAAUCAAAAUGUUCUGUUUCACGAUGUAUUGGUCUCGAAUUGCUAAUUUUAUUACUUCUUCUUGUGUUGGCAGCUCUCAUCAUUCCAAUUGUUGUAAUAGUAUUAGAUACUCGAUCUUCAUGUUCAACAACAUAUUCUCAAACUUUUACAGGCGGUGCUACCCCAACAACUCAGUGCACAGCAUGGAGAGUGUUCACAACUGGCUUGACAUGUUCAAGUUAUUCACUGAUGCAUAUGUAUGGUUCUAAUGAUCCAGUAGGUAUAACAGUAGAUAGUUCAUCUGUUGCUACGGCUCUGGCAUAUGCUCUACGCUAUAAUGCUACAUUUGGUAUUAGUUAUAAUGGAGUUACAUGGAAGAUUGGUUCAUGUAGUUGUUGUGGUAGUAGUGGUUGGGAAAUAACUGCAACAGGAAGUCUUUGUACUAGUCCAACUGGCUACACGAUGAGACCAUGCUAUGGUAGUUCUUGUUGGGGUGGUAUCGCUGGUGCGACAUGUAAUGCAGCAACACAAACAAUGUCUCUUCAUUUUGAAUGA